ACCUUUUUUUUUUUUGAAAUCAUCUCACACGGACACAAUCUGCCACAGACAGAGCGAAGAGCAGAUCCGUUCUCAAAUGAUCAGCUGGAAUUAAGUGCGUGGAUCGUGGCGUGUGCUUAUAGAUCCUCCCACUAGCAUCCCUGGAUUUAUAAAGGCACACGCCGCAGGCGGUCGUGAUCACGGAACAGCGUGGAGGAGGAGACCAUCCCAAGAGCGUGCCAGGUCUGGCUCCAGCCAUGCCUCUUCUGGAAGAAACCACUCACCCACAAGAACCCCCGAUAAUUGUUCCUGUCAUUAUUAUAGGCAAUGGACCAUCAGGUAUCAGUCUGUCUUACCUGUUAAGUGGCAACAAGCCCUACCUAGACCCGACAACGGUCCACCCAAACCCGAUACUCUACAGAAAACUACAGGAGACCAAACACCUUGCCAUCACUGAACAGGAUCUGGAAUAUUUGAGCGAAGGUCUUGAGGGACGGUCGAGGAACGCCGUGGCACUGCUAUUUGACACACUACUGCACCCAAAUGCCGACUUUGGCUAUGAGUAUCCUCCCGUGCUUCAGUGGAGGAGAGAGAAACAGCAACACAUCCCACAUCUGGUCUUAGGGAAGGCCACGCCUGGAGGAGCAUGGCAUGCAAUGGAAGGCUCCAUGCUGACCAUCAGUCUUGGGAUCUGGAUGGAGCUUCCUGGAGUCAACUACAGGGACUUGAUCGGUGGAAACCGAAGGGAUGUGACUAAUGACAGGGCCACGCCUGAGGAGAUAUCAUCCUAUUACCGCAACUACGUGAAGCUAAAAGGCCUCCAAAAGAAUUUUGUCGACAACACUUACGUCACGUCAGUCCAAAGACUCUGCCGGGGCCACAAGAUGGAGAAUCUGGAAAACGGACUCAGUCGUCUCGGAGACCAAAGAGUGGAUGAUUGCAGAGAUGAGACCUUUGAGGGAAAUGGAGUAGAAAGUGUCAGCGAUGGAGCUCUAGGGUCUCUUUGGGAAGUCAGGGGAUAUCAACAAGUGCAGAACAACACUCACGUUCCUUUCUCGUUGUUUGCCGAGAACGUAGUCCUGGCCACCGGCGCAUCCGAUUCACCGGUUCGAUUAAACGUAGAGGGAGAGGACCUCCCAUUUGUGUUCCACAGUGUUUCUAACCUGGGCUUGGCUAUCAGCUUGGAAAAACUGGACAGAAACUCAGAUCCCAUACUAAUAGUCGGCGCCGGUUUAAGUGCCGCCGACGCUGUUCUGUGCGCUUGUAGCCACAACGUCGGAGUCCUGCAUAUCUUUCGAAAGAACGUCGAUGACCCUGAUCUUAUUUUCAAACAGUUGCCAAAGACCUUGUACCCGGAGUACCACAAAGUCUACAACAUGAUGUGCUCACAGACCUACACAAACGUGGAUCCCUCAAGCAGGGCUCAAACAACGAGUAUGGCUUCUUCGGUUUGUGCCAAGAUGUGCUCCAAGCCGCAAUUGGCCACUAACGCCGGCAUCGGCCUCUUUCCCGACUACACGAGUUUCCCGGGACACUGCGUGGUGUCCUUACAGUCGGAUAUGAAGUGCUUGGUGCAGGGGGACAAUGCCCUGAAGGCUUUUAAGAUCUCAAUGGCCUUGGUACUGAUUGGAACCAAUCCCAAUUUGUUUUUCUUGAAAGAGCAAGGCCAGUAUCUGGGUCAAGAUCCAAGCAAACCCAUCUCGUGCAAGCAGAACCCCAUCGAUAUCCACCCGUAUACCUUUGAGUGUACCAAAGAGCCCGGGUUGUUUGCCAUGGGCCCGCUGGUGGGAGACAACUUUGUUCGAUUCUUAAAAGGUGGCGCUUUAGGCAUCGCCGCCUGCCUUCUUAAAAGACUGAAGAAAAAAGGGAAGCUCAUUGGUAAUGGAGGGAAUAACAUCCAGGAAAGCAGAUGUUUGGUGUAAAAAGAGAAUCAUGACUGCGCUGUUUCUUCAUCCAGGACAUUUUUAGAACCAAAAGACAACAUCUGUACAUCGGUCAAUUUCUAAAUGGGACAGUUUGAAUUUCCAGGAAUCUAAGCUACAGCCAACAUUUUUUCAAUAUGUCCAUUCUUUUUGGAACCUCAACAGUUUUUUUUUUGGCCAUGCAUUUCAAUCCAUCCACAUUUUCUGUCAUGUUAAGCUAUCGGGAGGAAAGGAUAUUCAAGAAGUAGAAGACUCAAAGGCAAAAAGGUUGUGGUCCCGAUUUCUUCUCAGAAAGACGCUAACAUCGCAAUGUUCCUGGUAACUGAGCCAAAAUGUUUUUUGUAGAUUAGUUGACUUGGAUCAUUUGAACUUUAUCUUUAGUCGCCGUGCAACUGCUUUUUAUGCAAAUCAUUUUACACUGAAUGGCAAAUCCACAUCCAUAAUCUCAGGGCACUUUUCACAGUCCGACUCAGUUGUUCUCAUGUGCUACUCUUCCGCUACUUGUGCAAAACAGGCGAACAGUGACUGUGCUCCAUUUUGAAUUUUCACCUCACUGUUGAGAUAAGCUUACAGAUUUGCAUGCACACGCAGCUAAUGGUUUAUUUAUUAUGAUGCCUCACAUGAGGUUCUUUUUAAUAUGUGAGCCAUGUUUGAGGUUAUACAUUAAAAAGCUACAGUCGUGGUAGACAAACCUCAGCCUUAGAUUGUGAAAGUGUUCCUAAUAUUGUAACUGCUGACUGGACAUGUUUUUUUUCAUCUCUCUCUUAGAUUUUGUGUGUAUUUGGCAGGAUGAUUACUUACCUGAACAGCUUCGGGUAUGUAAGUGCCUAAGAGUUCGGUUGGCAGGAGAACGAAAGUACAACGAACGUUUUGAACUUUUUUUUUUUUCCAAACUGGUGUCACCAUUAAGCCGAUUUUUCGCUUUUAACUGCACCAAAAAGAAAAGCUGCUCUUGUCAUUUCAACUUUUACAGCUGUCUUCUUCAACUGCAGCCUUUGAAAUGUUUUGUAUGCCAUCUUUUUUUAUUAUUGACAAAUAAAAAUUAAAAUAAAAAAACCAGAA